UGACCAACUAUCCCUUUCACAGUAGAACGAACAAAAAGAUACAUUCUUUUCAUACUAUGAACUACUUGUGUGUCCCUUGCAAUCGCUCAUUCAGUAGCAGCAAAGCCUUCGAACAGCACAAAAAGAACUCGCCAGUACAUAAGAAGACCUUUUGUUGCGAGACGUGCAACUGCCCGUUCAAGAGUGAGAAAGCACUUAUACGCCAUAGAUUGAAGUGUAAGGUCGACCAAGAAGCUUCAUUGAAUCAGCACCCAGAUGAGGUCGCAUUGAGUACCGCCCUAGCUAGGUGUUCCAUACCCGACACAUCAGCACUCACGUUUCAAAAUCGCGCCCAAACACUUGUCUCAGCCAAUCCAGUCGCUAUCACUACCACGCUCCCGAAGAUAGCCAAGAGCAACAAGCUUCGAUUAAAACAAGAGACGAGAGAAUAUUUCAUGUUCCCAGAGCUGCAUUCGAAGAUUGCAGAAGCAGUCCUCCUAGAGAUAAUCACAACAUGGUUCAACAACAAUGACGACGACAACUUCAUCUAUCGAUAUCACACGCACAUCAUGGGAAAAUUCACGUGUCACAACAAUAAAUGUGGCAAGAAGUGUUGGACAAGCAGAAAGGUGCCUAUCGAAAUAAGCGGAUAUGACAGGAACGGGUACAGCGCAAUUGUGUAUAACCAGAGGUGCAAGUCUUGCAAUUGUUUGGGCACCUUUGCGAUAGAUGAAGAAUCUUACAUUAAGCGGGUAUCAUAUAGAAUCAAAAAAUGGGCAGGUGUAGAAGUGGUGCAACCAGAUUACGAGGGAAAACCAACCAAACCGCAUGAGCGGGCCUAUUGUGAAGGUUGUAAACGAGGCAAGUGUACAGAAGAUGAAGAUUUUUGGUCCGAUUGAGAAAAAAAUAACAUAUCUUAUCCUGACAUUUAAUCCUUAGAGAACGAACCUUUGUUCUAUUUUUGUAGCCCGCGCUUUUAGUUCACAGGAGGCUUAUUCCCUCAGGCUUAGAACAGACCCUCAUCCUCAA